AUGUACUUCUUCCUCUCCAACCUGUCCUUUGUGGACAUCUGUUUCUCCUCCACCACCAUCCCAAAGAUGCUGCAGAACAUCCAGACGCAGAGCAGAAUUAUAACGUAUGCAUGCUGUAUCACCCAAAUGUAUUAUUACAUACGCUUUGCAGGAUUAUAUGACUUUCUCCUGGCUGUGAUAGCCUAUGAUUCUCUUGUGGCCAUCUGCCUCCCCCUGCACUACACAGUCCUCAUGAACCCCCGGCUCUGUGUACUGCUGGUUCUGGUGUCCUGGAUCAUAAGUGUCCUGAAUUCCUUGUUACAAAGCUUAAUGGUGUUGGGUCUGUCCUUCUGUGUAGACUCACAAAUCUCUCAAUUUUUCUGUGAAAUCUAUCAGGUGGUCCAGCUUGCCUGUUCUGACACCUUUCUUAACAAUAUGAUCAUAUAUUUUACAGCAGUGCUGCUGGGUGCUGGUCCCCUGACUGGUAUCCUUUACUCAUGCUCUAUAAUAGUUUUCACCAUACAUGGACUCUCAUCAGCUCAGGGGAAAUAUAAAGCAUUUUCCACCUGUGCAUCUCAUCUCUCAGUGGUCUCCUUAUUUUAUUUAUGCCCCUAG